UUGGUUGAGCAGCUCAUCCCUAGUUCCCUGCUGUAGCGAUAUCUACUGUUGAUGUGUCACCUCCUCGACCAGCCGGAGAGAUCAAUAUUCAGUUAAUUUCAGAUCCCCAUCCAACAACAAUGGCUCUGGCGCAUUCGGCGUGGAGGUGAGCCGGACCAUGGACGAGCCGGGUGCUGACGGCGUCAUGGACGUACCAAAGGAAGCCCCCCCAGCCGACCUGCUCCACAACAUCAACAAUAACAACCAUGGCAAUGACAAAGACGGCGGUGUCGGCGACCCCACACCUUCGGAUCCUGAGGAGGAAGAGAUCUGUCUGGAUAGUGGGGACGAGGCAGAGGGAACCAACACGCCUCUCGCCUGUAACGAGAACAAGGCCGAGCCGGACGUUCAAAAGGAUGCUCAGUCUACACCCAGCGAGCCUGCCCCUCCAACCCAGCACUUAAGUCAGGCGCCAGCAGGGGACCAGGAGGGGCGACCCGGGGCCGGUUCUAACAGUGGAGACCAUCAACCCUCAACCCGCUCUCUUCCAGACCGGGCUGGGGAACCACUGCCCCCCACAACCGGCCCUUCAGGUGACCUGAAAGAAAGCUCCCCCUCAGUUCUCGAGGGGACCACAGAGGAAGACCUAUUGACUUUGGAGGAGGUGAGAGACACUCCUCCUCCUGCUGCUGAGGCUUCUCAGGAGGGGGACACGGCCCCCUCGAACCCGAGUCCUGAAGGUUUAACGGGGUCCUCCCCGGCCUUCGGAGCCACAACGAGCGAGACCGGGGCGCUCCCCUCCUCCGCCCAGCGUCCGCCGGAACCGUCGCCGCCGCCGACCCUCGCGGCCAACGGCGGCAUCCCGAACGGCGGCGUCCCGAACGGCCCCUCCACCCCGCCCUCCGUCCCGGCGGGCUCCUCCGUUGCCCCCAGCCCGCAAACCGACUCCCCCGACCCGGCCGCCGUCCGCUCCCACGCCCUGUCCAGCCCCUACGACACGGACUGCAGCCGCAAGCUCCUCGCGGAGAUCCAGCGCUCGGUGUCGCAGGAGUCCCUGCUGGACGAGCUGGAGUCGGAGAUCCUGGCCUGCCGCCUGCCCGGGACCACCGGCGGCGGGGGGGGGCCCGGAGGAAAGGGGAACCGGCCGGUGAACGGGGCUCCCAAGGAGCAGCAGAGGGAGGAGGAGGAGUGCAUGGCGGCCUUUGAGAAGUGUGUGCAGCACAAGUACACGCAGCAGGAGCACGCCAUCAAGAGGUAGGUCAGCGCGCUGAACCCCGUCCGCCUACGAAAUGGCUUUCUGUUCCAUCUGCACUGAUGCUGGAUAAUGGUGUGGUGUAUGGCUGGGCCAUAUGGACCAAAACUCGUAUCUCGAUAUUUUUUGUUUGAAUGGCGAUAUACAAUAUAUUCUAAAGAUAUUUUGAAUAAAACGGGUAAAGUUUGUAGUUUUAACUACACGCCACAAGUAUUCACCAUCAACCAUUUAUUUAGGUUUAGUUUUUUUUUUUUUAUGCAAUGGAUAAUGUAUAGAAUGCCAGUCAUUAUCGGGAAAAUAAGCCCCGACAGGGCGAACAGGACACUGAUGCGCAGCGGAGGUGUCUUACGAUAAUGAUCGGCGACGUUCUAUACAUUAUCCCGCUUAUUACACGCCUACU